AUGAAGGCCAUACGCCUUUUCCUGCUCUCGAUCUCUCUCCUGGUUCAGCAAUGCUCCACCGCCGCCACCUGUGUUUACCCCGAUGGAACGGAUAGUAAGUAUGACUAUCCAUGCGAUCCAAAUGCAGACGUGAGCAUAUGCUGCGGGGGGCGACCGGGGACCAGUUGCCUGGCAAACAAGUUGUGCGAAAUUGGGACUGGAGAUCGAAGCAGGGGAUCAUGCACCAAAAAGAACGACCCCAAAUGCGCCGAAUACUGUCUUGAGACGAGGAGUCAGGGUAUCAGCCUAAUAUCUUGCACCAAUUCCACAAAGAAAGAAAAUUCGUACUGCUGUGACUUCGACCCUGGCUGUUGCGACAGCAGUCGAGUUUUCGACCUUCUCCCAGAGAAGCCGACGAUCUACGCCGUGUGGGACGACAGCCAGAAGAGAUUUGUCUCCGUUGGUGCAUCGAGCACCGCAACAACAACAUCCCACGCGCCGACGAACACCAGUAGCCCAGUGGGCGAUAGUGAACAUACAUGGGGGCUCUCUGUGGGAGCAAAAGCUGGAAUUGGCGUUGGUGCCGCGGUGUUGGCGCUGCUAGUUGCUGCUGUUGGAUAUUUAUUUUGGAAGAUACAUAGAAAGCCAGCGGCCGAGUCGAUGCCGCCCCAAGCGUCUCAACACAUAUAUCCUCCCGCCGUAUACAGUGCUAGGAUUUCAAACAACUCGACGCAGGCGAAUCCCAUCAUCUCCCAGGAGCCAGAAUCGCACUCAAGAUCUGGAUUCAAGCAGCCGUCCGAGCUAGACGUAGGACGCGCUGAGCUUUCGGUCAACAACCAAAACCAACAUCAGUCUUGA